GUUCCUGAAGUUUAUGAUCCCCACCUUGGAGACAAAGAACUGACUAAACUAUUUGGGGUUGGUAACAUAGAACUGCAGGACCAGGACGUUGAGGAUCAAAAAACCAAACCACCUAAAAAGAAUUCAAUAUUAGAUAUUAGUGAUGAAGACAGGAGAGAGAGACUACUAAAGCAGAAAAAAGAGAACAAAUGGCAUAGAUUUGUGGAAGGAAAUCUUGUUUUAAAAAUGGGUCUAGUUGACAAGAGGAAGGGUUUGUUUGCCCGGAGAAGGCAACUAUUACUAACAGAAGGACCUCACCUUUAUUAUGUGGAUCCUGAAAACAUGGUUUUGAAAGGAGAAAUUCCCUGGUCUCCAGAGCUCCGAGUUGAAACUAAAAAUUUUAAAACUUUCUUUGUACAUACACCGAAUCGUACAUAUUACUUGAUGGACCCUCAGAACUAUGCUAUAGAGUGGUGUAAGGCAAUAGAUGAAGUCCGACGAAAUACAUAUGCCAGCAAACCGUGAAGAAAAGAUACUCUUUUCCCCACAGCUUGAUAACAACAACAUAUAAAUAUAUAUUAUAAAAUCUGUGUCAUCGGAUGUCAUUCCAAAUGUACUGGCAUCUGUUGGCAUUAUUACAUACAUUUUACCUAUUGACAGACAAAUCUCAAUAAUAAUUUUGAGAAUAAUUUUAAAAAUCACUCCUUAAUUUAACUACUCUACCUGUACUGUUUCCAUGCGCAUCUGUUCUGCAAAAAGGAAAUGUUUCCUCUCAGUUUUGCAAUAUGCUUGAAUGUAUUAUUGAUCAAAAUGAAGAAGAAACUUGAGUGUUUCCUCCUAGGUUAGGAAUACUUGAAUGCAUAAUUGAUUAAACUAAAGAGGAAGCAUGGCCUCACUCAGCUGUACACUUAUAUGGCAAUUAAAUAUUUUUCCCAAUGAGA